AUGGCAGCAGUUCCUGCGGUCACCUACAAAAUCCGAGCGGCCACCGGCGACUACUUCUUCGGCGGGACCAUGGAUUCCAUCUCCAUCACCUUGGUGGGAACUCACGGGGAGAGUCCCAAGUUUCAGCUGGAUAAAUAUGGGAAAGAUUUUUCUCCUGGAGAAGUAGAGGAAUUCGUGGUCGAAACCCCGAGGGAGCUGGGGGCACUUCUGCUGGUCCGCCUUCAUAAGGAGCCCUACAGGUUCUUCCCCCCCACCAACUGGAACUGCAGCUUCCUCGAAGUGGAGACGCCCCAGGGGCAGACCCACCGUUUCCCUUGCUACCAGUGGAUCCUGGGCUACUCCACCUCCGAGCUCCGAGAAGGGACAGGGGAGAAAUCCAAAGUACAGCAGUCGUGA